UCUUAAGACUCUAUACCUACUUACUACAUACUUACAACAACCACCAGCACCAUCACUACCCUUACCACUACCAUCUAGGCAUCUACACCCUAUCUUCGCUCUGCUAUUGCUCUACUACUAGUAGUAUUCCAUCAAACUCGGCCCUACUUUACCUAUUACCUACCUUACAGUGAACCCGCAUUACCUCUUCUCCCCUCACACGCACAAUCUCGCACACUUACACAUACUCACUUCUCGUUAACGAUCACGAUCACGAAUUUUUUUACUAUUUCUGUUUGUCUAUUUUACCUAGCAUCGCUCUCGCCCAUUAGCUUUCUCUUGUUUUUCAGAUCUCCGGACGUUUCCUGCCUUUUUUUUGAGGACUUGGUAUUGCCGACUCUUUUUUUCCGCCUGUCCUAGUUUCGCCCUGCGAUAACAGCUUCUCCUCGCACCUGCUUGCCGCGCCUUUUUCUCUCCCUGAUGACCGUCUGUUUUUCGACGGUCUGAUUACAUAGCGCCAUGGAUAAUGCAAACUUGUGGACUCGCAGGGCCAAUUCCGCCAAAUUGUCUCUGUCUAUGACGGGAACCGACGGAAAGGACGGUGGCGCGAGAGUCGAUCUUCCCCGCGGUCACACAUCAAAGCGUUUCGGCCCGGAUAGUUCGCACGGCGGUCGAUCGAAUCCCUUCAACGCAUUAUCCCCCCUCUCGGGUGGCGUGUCUUCUCCUUCCACGAACGCUUCCUCCGCAUUCGGCUUGGGUUCGGGCGCAUUCGCGUCCUUUGGUACUCCCAAGACGCCUGGCACCAAUGCGUCAGACCUGAAUUCGUCCAAAGCGCUGGGGGAGAAGCGAGAGACGGCUUCCGAGCAGGAUUCGGCAGCGGAAGUCAAGGCCAAGGUUUCAGCCUCUUCCUUGACUGGCCCGAAGGAGCAUGCUCUGAAGUCUACGUGGGUGAUCUGGUACCGUCCCCCGACACCCAAGUACUCUGACUAUGAGAAGUCGACCAUUCCCCUUGCGUCUAUAUCCUCGGUGGAGAGUUUCUGGUCGAUAUACACACAUCUCAAGCGCCCAUCGCUCCUCCCCACCGUCUCUGACUAUCACAUUUUCAAGAAAGGCAUCCGUCCUGUAUGGGAGGACGAUUCCAACAAGAAGGGUGGAAAGUGGAUUAUUCGGCUGAAGAAGGGAGUUGCUGACCGGUAUUGGGAGGAUCUUUUGUUGGCCAUGAUUGGUGACCAGUUCGCGGAGGCUAGCGAUGAGGUCUGUGGCGCCGUUCUCAGUGUAAGGAGCGGAGAGGAUGUGUUGAGUGUCUGGACCCGGAUUGACGGUGGGCGCAACAUCAAGAUCAGGGAGACGAUUAAGCGGCUUCUUGCCUUCCCUGCCGACACCAACAUUGUAUGGAAGAGCCACGACGACAGUAUUGCUCAGCGCUCCGCAAUUGACCAGGCUCGCCAGGAGAAGGCGGCCGGAAACGCGGCUCAUCAUCACCACCACCUCGCAGGGGACCGACGAAGACCUACAGCGAAUGACGAGUCCAUGGGAGAUAAAGGAAAAGCGGCGGCGUCUUGAUUUACAUGGUUUAAUUCUCAUUGAAUGGUCCUGUAUAGUAAGGAAGACGAAAACAUUGGGACGUUUCUGGGCUCGGGGCAUUGGGGCGAAUCAUUGCGUCUGACUUUCUAGUUGCUUUCUCAUUUCUCGCCUUGUGUUUCUUCUUCUUUCUCAUCUCGAGGUUCCCAUGGUUUCUUUUUUCUUUUUCUCAUUUCUUUUGGGCAAUACGAGAUGUGAUGCAGGGUCAACGGACAGCGCUAGAUCUAGCGCAAAAUGUAAAAUCAUACUUUCACAGGAAGCUUCGGUACAUUACUAGCCUACCAUUUAUU